UACAAUAGCUAUGUUUUUUAACUUUUGUCCUAAUAUUAAGGUUAUUGAGCAAAUUCACUCUAUUGCAAACCACAAAGCUAAUUUUUUUCGUCAUACGUACGUCAUAAGCUAAGCACGUUUAGUAAAAUCAUUUGAGCCAUAUAUAGCACGAGGUCUUCGACGAAGAGUUGAAAACAAAACAGUAACUCAAACGCAAAACUCCAUAAAAACCUCUGCCCCCACACAAGCCUUACUCACUCACUCAUCAUUAAUCAAUGCUUCAACUACACUCCUCUCUGUAAGAAACCUCGACACAACUUCAUUCUCUUUCCAAGUUUCAACAUUCCCCAGAAACCAAAGACAGACACUUUUUAAUCAGGCUUGAUCAGUCUCAAAGAACGAUGAGUACUAAGAAGAAAGGAAACAACUUUAAGCUUCUGACUUUGUUUCUUUUUCUCGGUACAUGCGUUGGAGACUACGGCAUUGGAGUAGGAAUCGGCGAAGGUGGAGUUUGGGUCGGCGGCGGCGGCGGCGGGAGCCCUAAUUCCGAUCCUGGCUCAUCUCCAAAGCAACAGACGAAUCCAGCUUACAGUGCACUCCAAUCCUGGAAAACCGCCAUUACAGAGGACCCAUCCGGUGUCCUCAAGACAUGGGUUGGUGAAGAUGUCUGCUCUUACAAAGGAAUCUUCUGCUCAGGCUCGUCCGUAACCGCCAUAGAUCUGAACAAAGCGAAUCUCAAAGGCUCUAUCGUCAAAGACCUCUCUCUCCUCUCGGAUUUAACCAUCCUCCACCUCAACAGCAACAGAUUCUCCGGCCAACUCCCAGAUUCUCUCAGAGCCUUGUCUUCUCUCCAAGAGCUCGAUCUCAGCAACAACAGAUUCUCAGGCUCUUUCCCUCAAAGUCUCUUCAACAAACAGCUAGACGCAAUUCUCCUCAACAACAACGGGUUCACCGGAGAAAUCCCCGGGAAUCUCGGAUCCUCGUCCGCCUCGCUGGUUAAUCUCGCCAACAACAGAUUAUCCGGCGAGAUUCCGACGAGUUUCGGCAUUUCCGGUUCGAAAUUAAAGGAGGUUCUGGUUUUGAAUAACCAGUUAACCGGUUGUAUACCGGAAUCGGUUGGAUUGUUUUCCGACAUUGAAGUGUUGGACGUUAGUUUCAAUUCGUUGAUGGGUCACGUCCCCGACACGAUCUCUUGCCUGUCGGAGAUCGAAGUGUUGAACCUCGGACACAACAAAUUCUCCGGGGAUCUUCCCGAUUUGGUCUGCUCUUUGAGGAAUCUGUUGAAUCUCACCGUCGCUUACAACUUCUUCUCCGGGUUUAGCUCCGAGUGUUCGAGAAUCAGCUUCGGGUUUGACUUCGUCGGGAAUUGUAUUCCCGGCAAGGGCUAUCAGCGGCCGCAGCCGGACUGCUCGGUGAUUCCCGGCGGCUCGUUGAGUUGCCUCAGGAUUCCGGCGCAGCCGCUGACGUGCGCUGCGAUCUUGGGACUGAAGGCGACUUCGUCUUCUCCAUGAAAAUAUUAAAGUUGGAAGCUUUUUGUUUCUCUUUGUUGUUUGCAAGAUUUGUUAUAUGCUUUGUGACUAUUAUUAUGAUAGAAAAUGCCAAAAAUGGUUUUAUCAGUUAAUUGUUAAUCAGGUGAUUUAGUUUUUUUUUUUAGUAUGAUUGAUUACUACAAAUCUAGAAGCUUAUUUCUGA